AUGAACGACAACGACGUUGUGAUUGAUACGGUGGAAAAGGAAUGUCGUUUCGCCAAAAGUUUAAAACCAAACGACGUCAUUUUGGCAGUCAACAACAUUCACGUUAGAGAUAAAGAUCAUUUCUUUAAUCUGAUAAAUGGAAAGAAUCAAUAUACCCUGAUCAUCGAGCGCGGUUCAUUCGGCGACAGUCGAGAAGAGCUCGAUGAGACUAAACCCAAAGUCGAAAUGGAACCACGGCAGACCGGAUUUAAAAUGACAGCAUCUAAUUUCGAACACAGUCAUUCCACUAAAACCGCGGCGAUGACCAUGGUCGAUAAAAAACAGCAUCCUCUCCCUACAAGUUCAUAUCCGAGCGCAACGUGUAAUGAAAUCAAAUUUGAAGGCAGAGCGUUCCCACUGUCUUGGCUCACUGACAGAAACGUAGGAAGUUCUUAUUUUGUAUCGGACGUAUUCAUGCCAGGCGGGAUGAAAGACUUAGGAAUCAAACUGAGUAUGGAAGGUGGUCGUGUCGUCGUAGUACACGUUCGACCUCAGUCCCUUGGUGCAAACGCAUUCAGAGUGAACGACACUUUUCUUGCCUUAAACGGAGAGAAGGUGCGUGGCAUCGAAGGCUGCAUAGAAGCCAUGCAAAAGUCUGAGAAGAUCAGAGUAAUUUUUGAGCGACCGCGAGGCUGGAAGCAAGAACAAAUGCCGGUUGCCAUGGAGGAGCAUUUGAGCUAUUGGCCCCGUAAAGCAAAACUCUCUCCUGCCAUCCAACCAAUGACUAGCCUAGCUCAUGUAUCCGCUGCACGGGUUACAAUUAAGAAGAUAAGUUACGACGACAAGCACUUUCCCCUGAAGUGGCUGAAACAGAGGGCCAUGGGUGCCGAUUAUUUAUUUAUUACUUACGCGGGAAGCGUCGAUCGUCAGACACUCGGAAUCCAACAUGAGGUCAGAGACGAUUUCGUAACUGUAACUAAUGUAGCGAAGGACUCUCUUGGAUACGGUAUAUUCAAAUGCGAGGAUCGAAUCCUGGCCGUCAAUGGCACCAAGGUGGUAGAUGAAGGAGAAUUCAAUCGACUAAUUUUUGAAAGCAAAACAAAAACAACGUUCAUUAUAGAAAGACAGCGUGACCUGUUUACAGCUGGUGACAAGAAACAAGUUCUUCAUACCCAAAAUCAGCUUUUGCUCAAACCCGCCGUCGUUCAGCCAAGCAUUCGGAUCGAAAAGGUCGGGACGAGGGAAGACCAGUAUUUUCGUGAUAUCAUUCUUCAGCGGAAGGGAGACUGCAUAUAUCUCAACAUGACGAUCAAUCCAGCGCAAGACAGCCGACCGCUGGGACUUGGAAUCAACCUGAUUCACGGCACAGUUACGGUAACGGAGAUCGUCCCAGGAUCAAUUGCUGCUGACGGCUUUCAGCUAAACGAUCGAAUUUUGGCAGUGAACGGCAUACAGAUGAAAGACGCCGAGUAUUGCUGUAGUCUCAUACAGCAAGUAAACAAUAAUUUUCAUGCCCUGGUGGAACGAAAGGUUGUUACGGAUCGCACAGAACAGAGCGUUCUUGGUGGAGCAGAGCCUGAGGCAUAUAUGGUUGCUACUGAAACACAGGUUCGAUGGAUUACGGAAGAUGAAGCUCGUGCAUCGUUACGAAAAGCUCCUAAUGACAUACGAGAUAUCCUUCUGAACAAAGCCCUUAAUGUGAGGAAAGUUUAUGAGGAAAUGAUCAGUGGCAAUAGGCCUGCCAUAACAUCGAAGCCGACAACUGCAUCAGUUACCCCAUUGAAGUUCCUAGACGUGGAAACUCAAGUAAUUACCAGUGACGUUCCUCCGGGAAAGAGACUCCGCCCGUCGCCUUACUGA